AUGGAUUCAUCAUCAAAAGGGAAAGGUAAAGUGAAGAAGAGAGACGAAGAAGAGAAUAGUAGCAAACCAAGUGCCGAAUCCUCAACCUCACGUGCUCCUCCUCCUAUAUUCCCUUUCGCCCUCAACACCACCACCACCAAUACCUCAUUCUUCCCAUCCCCACAGCAACAACAACAUCAACAUCAACAGCAGCAGCAGAUGAUAUCAUUCAUUCCCCCACACCACACCACCCCUUUCCCCCCUUAUUUCACCGGGUGGGCCCCACCUCCUCAAUCUCUAUACUUAAACAAUAAUACCCUGAACCUGAGCCCUCGGGCCCACACGCACACGACAAUGAUGAUGAUGAUGCCUCGGCCACCGACAAAGUUGUACAGAGGAGUGAGGCAGAGGCACUGGGGCAAGUGGGUCGCCGAGAUCCGUCUCCCCAAAAAUCGAACCCGACUCUGGCUCGGAACCUUCAACACUGCAGAGGACGCGGCCCUCGCUUACGACCGAGAGGCCUUCAAACUCAGGGGACACAACGCGCGGCUCAACUUUCCGGACCUCUUCGCCGGCGCUCGGCCGGAAUCGGAAUCGGAAUCGGAAUCGGUAACUCCGAGUUCGGAAAUCGGGCCCUCGGGAGGAGGAGGAGGAGGAGAAGGGGAUGACACUUCUUCGGUGGCCCCUAACCCGUCUUCAGAGUUGGUUUGGGGAGAUAUGGGAGAGGCGUGGACGGAGGCUGGGUGGGGCCCGGGGAGCCACUUUUGGGAUAAUUUUGACCCUACUAAUAGUCUUAUGUUGCCGCCAAAUCUGCCUCCUUUCCCCCCGACUAGUAAUCAAGAUGAUUCCGAUGAUUCACGCAAACCAGAACACUGA